AUGGAACAUCCAGCUUUUACCCUCUCAGGAUUAUGCGCAGUCGGUGGUGUCAUGGGCUAUGCUCGUAAGGGAUCCAUGCCUUCUUUGGUCGCAGGCACUACUUUUUCCAUCAUUUAUGGAGUUGCCGGUUACUUGUUGAAACAGAAUGCCGACUACGGAUUGGAAUUGGCUCUUGGUGCCUCCACCACUUUACUCGCUGCUGGAAUUGGUAGAGCCAUUCCUUCCAGAUUUAAAAAGCCGGUUCCUUUGGUAUUGCUUGUGCUCGGUGGUGUCUCCUCCACAUACUAUGCUCGUAAGUACAACGAGUUCUACCCAAUCUUCUGA